AUGGGCUUCGUGGAGGAAGUGAUGGCAGCUGCGGAGGAGGAGGAGGAGGAGGAGGAGGAGGAGGAGGAGGAGGAGGAGGAGGAGGAGGAGGAGGAGGAGGAGGAGGAGGAGGAGGAGGAGGAGGAGGAGGAACAAGAACCGUGGGUGGAGAGGAAGUUGCUGCUGGACCUGGCUGUCCCCAGGGGCUUUGGCACUUUGCUGGGCACAGGAGGCUCCUUUGGGUGGCAUCUGGAGAUGCCCUGGUGUGGAGGCUCCCAGUGCCCACCGGCUUGGCUGCUGCUGCUGGGGUUGCUGUCUGCUGCUAGCCAAGGGCAGCAGCGGUGCCAGGAGCGAGCUGUGCCAGUCCGCGGAGCGCUGCAGCUGCUGCUGCCGGAGGAGCCCCCUGCGGGCUGGGUGAGGAUGGAGUGGAGAGUGAGGCCGGAGGCAGGACGCUGGCAGCGGAUCCUGACGGUGGCCCAGGACGGAACUCUGCAGCUCUCCGGCAGUGCCUUCUCCGGGAGGGUCUCUCUGCAGCAGGAGAACCUCUCCCUGCGGGUCAGCCCCACCAGCGCCGCAGACUCAGGGCUCUACCUGCUGGAGGCUGAGGACCCCUCAGGUGCUGUCUCUACCCUCUGCUUCCAGGUCUCGGUGUGGGAGCCUGUCCAGGAGCCGCUGCUGAGGAGCCACAUCCUGCAGUGGGGGCAGGGCUGGUGCAACCUCUCCCUGCUCUGCAGCCUGCCUGGGGCCAGCAACGUCUCCUACAGCUGGUCCUGCGCUGGGGGGCCCACAGCAGGUUCGGGGGGGCCCCACCUCCGGCUGCACUUGGAGGUGCCCGGAGAGGCUGAGGGCACAGUGUGCCACUGCAAUGCCAGCAACCCUGUGAGCUGGGCCGUGGGCAGCACUGAUGCCACAGCCACCUGCCAGGCUGCAGCCCAAGGGCGCUUCAGCCUCAACCCGUGGGCAGUGGCUGUGUGCCUGGCCCUGGUGCUGAGCACCUCCAUAGCCCUUGGUGUCCUCUGCUGGUGGAGGAGGAGGAGGAAACCACAGAAGGACCUCCCAGAAGGGCACGACGAGCAGACGCUGACUGUGUACGAGGAGGUGGGCAGAGCCCGCCCCAGCCAAGCCCUGAACGGGACCAGCGAGGCGGCGGAGCCAGGGAGCAGCAUCUACUCUGUCGUCUGCAGGGCUCGGCAGGAGCCCACCCGACCUCAGGACCCCCAAACCUCCACCAUCUACGCCACGGUUCAGGCCAGCAGGAAGCCUUCAUCUCUCAGGAGGAAGAGGCUGGACCCAGCUUUGACCUCCACUGCCUACACAGAGGGCACAGGAAGCUUUAGAUGCCCACUCAGCCCUCUGCAGCCCUCACCUCCAGCCUCUGCUGGCCACUGCCUCUCCUAGCGCCUCACCGAGACUUCCCCUGCCCGAGGCACCUCUCCUGGAGCCCCCAGGGACCACCGAGCCCCCAGCGGGCAGCCCUGGGACCUGGCUCAGGAUGGAGAUGAUCCAAGGCAGGGAGGAGCUGCGGCCAGGCUGAGCCCCAAGCCCUGGCUCGGGCUGCGGCUGCCGCUGCAGGAUUAAAGCAGGAGCCACA